CAUCUUUCUUAUGAGUACUGAAGCGGACGAUACAGAGCAGCAUCAGGCUCCAGCUCCAGCAUAUUCAGCCUUACCGAGUCAGAAGACCAGAAAGUCACUAUCCGCCAAACUCUGCUGGAUCAUCAUCUUCCUGCUUGGCGCUUUUGCUGUGCUGCUUCUUUCGAGCACUCGACGCGACAGCCUUUCUCCUUUCGAGCAGCUUCGGACAUUGUUCUCUUCUCAGAAUCGCCAUACAGUGCUUGUACCAGAGAUGAGUGCUAAAAAGCACGUUGGGUACUUUGUCAAUUGGGGAAUCUAUGGUCGGAAAUAUCCCCCUCAGCAAAUCCCAUACCAGCAUCUGACCCACAUCAACUAUGCCUUCGGCAAUGUGAACAAGGAGAGCGGGGAGGUCGUGCUCAGCGACUCAUGGGCUGACGUGGAGAUACACUACGAAGGAGAUAGCUGGAAUGAUUCGGGAACCAACCUGUACGGUUGUCUCAAAGCAACUUACCUGCUCAAGAAGAAGAACAGAAAUCUAAAGGUUCUUUUGUCCAUCGGCGGUUGGACCUACUCGCCAAAUUUCGCCGGUAUUGUCAAUCCACAAUGGAGGCAAAACUUCGUCAGGUCUGCAGUCAAGCUAGUCGAGGAUGUUGGAUUGGACGGACUCGACCUCGACUAUGAGUAUCCCAAGACCUCUGCUGAUGCCGAUGGUUACGUUCGAUUGUUGCACGAGCUCAGACAAGGUCUCGAAGAGCUCGCCGCCUCGAAAGGCAGACCCAGAGGGCAAUACCAGCUCAGUAUUGCCGCGCCAUGCGGUAUGGACAAUAUGCAGGUACUCAACGUGAAAGCCAUGGGUCAAGUUUUGGACUUUUGGAACUUGAUGGCUUACGAUUUUGCGGGUUCCUGGGACAGCGUAGCAGGACACCAAGCUGCCUUGUUCAGCGCUUAUCCCGGAGCACCCUCCAUCGAUGCUGCCGUGAGAUUCUACACCAGUCAAGGUGUUCAUCCUAGCCGGCUCGUCAUAGGCAUGCCCUUGUACGGUCGAGCCUUCGCGAACACCGAUGGAAUUGGGGCAUCAUACUCGGGCACCGGCGAAGGCUCCUGGGAAGCUGGCAUGUGGGACUACAAAGCCUUGCCCCUUCCUGGAUCCGAGGAGGUCAACGAUCAUCGGCUUGGUGCUUCCUACUCGUAUGACCGGGGCAAGCGGCUUCUGAUCAGCUACGAUACACCGGCUAUUGCCAUCCAGAAAGCCCAUUUCAUAAAUCAGAAUGGUCUCGGAGGAGCGAUGUGGUGGGAAUUAGACGCUGACAAGGCGGAAGACACCGGUCUGAAUCUCGUUCGCACCGUCAAAGAGCAGUUUGGACAACUAGAAUACCGGGAGAACGACUUGCACUAUCCAGGAAGCAAAUACGAAAACCUGAGAAACGGCAUGUCAGGGUGAAAGUCUGCCAGGGAAGCUCCUGCCUGUCCAUUCUAGAUGCAUUUCAUUGCAACUUUU